CAAAUACUAUCGCUACAGUAUGUACUGUAGAGUUUCAUUUUAUGGACUACUAACCAUGGUAAAGUACGUUUUUCACUAAAACUGAAAAUUUUAAUCAUCGGAUGAAACACGAGUAACUACCACGGAUUCACAUUAUAUAAUUUGUUGAUUUGAUGAUCCUUAUUUCGCAUUUUUAUGCGCAAAUCUUUUGAACUGAUUAGUGGUUGGUUGCCGUAAUUUGUAUGCAUCCUAACAACGCUGCGAUGGUUGCUCGUGCCUCGUUUGGAGUGUCUGUAUGCCAAAACUUCCGUGCCUCACGAAAUGCAUUCACGAACUCUCGCAGAUUGCAUUAUGCACGGAUGUCGGAGACCUUCCAGCCGUGCAUUGCUCCAGAAUACGGAAAAUCCCUUGAAAGUGCUCCGGGUGGUAUGGUUUCCAAAAGUCAGAAGCUUUUACUGGAGACCGGCAUGAUCUGUCCCGCGCAUUCAACCGGAACUUUCAAUCUGCUACCAUUAUUUAUGAGAUCGUUGGAGAAGCUCAUUCGUAUCAUCGAUGAGGAGAUGCGCGCGAUUGGAUGCCAGAAAUUGUGGAUGCCUUGUCUGCAGGAUGCCUCCAUUUGGAAAACGUCUGGCAGGUGGCAGACGUUUGGUGGGGAGCUUUUCCGAGCGAAGGAUCGUGUAGGAAGGGAUUUGUGUGUAGCACCUACACACGAGGAAUGCAUCACUUCACUUGUUGCUUCUAGCUUGCACCAUCCAUCGCGAAAGCGCUUCCCAUUACGUCUGUAUCAGAUUUCCACAAAAUUCCGAGAUGAAAUGAAGCCCAAGCAUGGGGUUUUGCGAGCGCGAGAGUUUUUGAUGAAAGAUUUAUAUACUUUUGAUACGUCCGAAACCAGCGCAAGGGAAAGUUAUAACGCAGUUUGUUCUGCCUAUGAAAGGAUUUUGAAAACAUUGAGUGUCCAGUAUAUUAAAGCUUCCGCCAGCACCGGUGCCAUGGGGGGUUCGGAGUCCCACGAAUUCCUUCUUCCCUGUGAGUCUGUCGGCGAAGAUCUGCUUUGGAUCUGUCAGAGGUGCAAUGCGGCAUGCAACGAAGAAAUUGUCAUAGAUUCCGCUAAAUCAGGCCCCGUGAAAUGCCCCUCUUGUUCCAUUGAGAACAGCUUUAACAAAGUGCACGCAAUGGAGGUAGCCCAUGCUUUCCUCUUGGGCGAACGGUACUCGAAAGCAUUCAAAGCUAAUUUCGUCGACGUCGACGGAAAAUCCCGGCCGCUUAUUAUGGGAUGCUUUGGGAUCGGUGUUACGCGGUUAGUGGCUAGUGCGGUGGAAUGUCUUUCGUCGGCGGAACAGGUCCGAUGGCCACUACGCAUUGCGCCGUAUAAAGUGUGCGUUGUUUCGCCUAAAUCCGGCAGUAAAGAAGCAAGUGCCAUUGGCCCAUUGACUCAAAUCUUGUGCGAUACUUUGAGCGAAUUGCCGGAAAUCGCCGGAGAUGUUCUAUGUGAUGAUCGGGAUGAUUUGACCAUUGGACGGCGUUUGAAUGAUGCUAAUAAAACGGGAUAUCCGGUUGUUGUUAUUGUUGGCAAAGAGGCAAUGGCGCAGCAGCCAAAAUUUGAGGUUCAUUGUGGUCACGAUCCGCGACAAAGAUUUACGUUUCUCUUGCAGGAACUGAUUAGUUUUCUGCGAUACAGUAGUGAUCUCACCAACCAUGGUGCGGCAGAACGCGCAAAUGAGCCGGUUAAUUUUAGUAAAAUAAGGUAGAGGUCACCAGCUCUUUUGUGAUGUUUACAACUGAUUGUUGACUUUCGGGGAUUUUUUAUCUGUAUAAAAUGCUUUUUCACAGCAAAACAUGUCGAACACUCGUUACCUGAUUGAGCAAAUAUGAAAGGGUUUGUGUGUAAAACGGUUUGCGACGAUUUAAAUAAUGUUCGUCGAAAAGCCCAGCGUGUUGUUGCAUUUGAAAGUAAAA